AUGUUCAUUCGACUCUUGAUAAUAUCUAUUUUUGUUUUUAUUGUUGUUCAAUCUACUUUAACAACUAAUAUAAAAAAUAAACCAUCUUCAACAUUUACAUUUCCGAAACAAUUUUCAGUUGAUGAUGAUGAUGAUGAUGUUGAUUAUUUAAAUGAUAAAAAACUUCAUAAUGAAGGUAGUAGUAACAGUGCUACUCCAGAUGAAUAUGCUGAUGAAGAUGAUGAUGAUGAUGAUGAUGAUGACGAUAAUCAAUUAUCAAAAAUUAUUGCAACUACAACAAUACAUACAACAAUUUCAACAACAACAAAUAAACGUAUAAUGACAAAAAUUUUCGAACAAAAAAAGAAAAAUGAAAAUAAUACAAAAACAAAUUAUUUAGAUGUAAAUGAAUUUUAUGAAGAUUAUAAAGAUGAUCUUGAAGAUGAUACUUAUUAUAAUGAACCAACAAUAAAAACUACAAGUAUAUCAUUAUCAUCAACACAUCUAUCAACUGUUCAUCCUACAUCUAUGCGUGUUAUAUUAAAUUUUUUAACACGUCCACCUAUAGCUGCUGGUAUUCUUGGUGGUUUAGCUAUUGGAAUAUUAACAUCAGUUAUACUUCUUAUUUGUAUUGUUCAAAAUUAUAAUAAACGUGAUAGAACACAUUCAUCAAUAACAACAGGUCUUCUUUAUCCAAAUCAAUAUGGUUAUUCAAAAACACCACAAGAAUUUUAUGCUUAA